GCUAAUCUAUCUCCAACACACCCUCCCUCCUCUCCCGCCCUAUCCUCGACACACACACAGUGUUUUUCCAUUACGUCAGAAAUGUUGCUGGUGGAAGUUUCGUUCCUGCUUCUCCUCUGUCUCUCUGCAGCUGCAGAUCAGCAGGGGACAACAGUGAAGCCUGGAGACGAUGCAACUCUUCAGUGUCACUGUCCCAGCGAUGCUGCCAUCACUCUGUUAGAGUGGACCAGACAGGAACAGAAGUCAGAUGAUUACGUGUUCUUCUGCCGGAACAACCGGUUGAUUGAAGAUUACCAGCAUCAGUCUUUUCGAGGUCGAGUGGAGCUGAGAGAUCCAGAGAUGAAGGACGGAGACGUGUCUGUGACUUUGAAGAACGUCACCGUCAAUGAUGCUGGAACGUACAAGUGUCAAAUUAUCAGCAUAACAGAGAAUGGCAAAGUAACUAAGUUCAGCGACCUCGUCAGCCUGAAUGUCACAGACUCAGCUCAUUCAGCUCCACGCAAGAUGGCUGAAGGAAACAAGGAUGAAGGAGACAAGGAUGAAGGAGACAAUGGUGGAGGAAACGAGGAUGGGAGAAAGAUUCAGGAACUUGUAAUUGCGCCUUUUCUGACAGUUGCUGUCCUGUUACUUAUUUUUAUUGCUGUCGUCUUUAUAAGAUAUAAGAUGAGAACAAACAAAGACAAAAAAGAGAAGGACGCUGGACUUCAUGAGCCAAUGUGUUGAUCAGCGGAAAUAUUCAGCAGUUUGAUCACAAGUGUGGGGGGCCGAACAUCCCCUCUGUCCGUGCUUUUACUCUGGAGGAGGAGGUUCACAGGAAAUACCAAAAGUUCCUCCUGGAUCAGGCCCGGUCUUUACAGGCCGAUAAAAUCUAAAUAAAUUUUACUGAUCAACACAAAGUGAAACACUUUCCUGUUUCUGAGUUCCAGUCAAAUUCUUAGACACUUUAAACAAAUGAAUAACACUAAAAAUAGGAUAGGAUUUUAGCAUCAGAAAUAUUUCAUGUCCUAUGUCUUCGUUAUGUUGAAAAUGUGUUAAUGUGAACGCGGCAGGAAGCUGAACGUCUGUUAGGAUGCUGCAACAAGUGAAGUGCAUCUUUAACUAAAACACAACACUGACAUUUUGCAAGUUGUAAAUACUAAAAAUGAAUAAAAUUAACGUUGAUUUAAACGUCAGCAGCAGAACAUGUGAUCAUAUCAGGAAUAAAGGAGUCAAACAGAAAGUGAAAUGUUAUUUUGAAUGUUAUAUGAACAUGAAUGUACUUUUCUGUUAUCAGCAUUUGAUUCAGUUUUACAUGUUUUUUAUAAAAACCUUUUUAAAGAUUGUCUGUCAGUGGAACUCAUUCCUCCACAAAGAACCAGAAGUCUCUUAAAGCCUGCAGAGAUUCCGUCAUGAUUUGCAAACUGUUGAUUCUUUACUGAAUCUACAUGAUCUCAGUGACACAUCAGUUAUAGUUACAGGUUUUUUAUGAUUUGUUAUCGUCACAGUGGCUGAAAAAAGUACUGCCUCAGUCAGUACUUUCCUUUGAAUCAAAGUCUUUGACAUAUUAUUGUACUGCAUUCUCUGAUUAAACCUAAUUCCAGUUUUAA